CGCUGCUUGCUUGGCUUCUAGAGGCCGCGUCGGCUCUGACGCGUGUGGAAUUUGCGCAGUGGUGGAGGGUCGAAUGAGCCCAGCGCUGCGUUUGCGCGAGUUUCACGCCUAGCACGGGCUGGUGGCGCUGCAACGAGUCGUAUACUCAACAACUGCGCCGCUGCCUUGCGCUCACAGGCCUCCGAAAUUACGAUUUCGCAAGCCUCUCCGCUUGUUGCUUGGGCUAGUGUCGGACUACGCUAGCUAUCAGAGCUCCGCGCCGCUGUAAACGCGUGCGCUAGUCAUCGCCACUGCGCACCACUCCGUCAAACUACAGCUCUAUAUAAGCCACAAGGACCACGCUCGAAAAUCUGGUGAGAAUCGACGCGGCAGUCACAUUUUACGCCCCGCCGCCGCGACGCGCCACAGCGCAACCAUAAUAACAGCGCGGAGCGGUAAAACCACGCAAAAGAUGGCGACAACCAACGGCAGCCCGUCCAUCCACAGCGCACCCUGCGUCGCCCUCCAACUCAAGGCCGCGAGCUGGUCCUCGGACGCCGACGAAAUCUCAGCCUUUGAAACAAGAGCCGCAGAAGCGGCCUCGCGCUUCGGCCGCGUCCUAGAUGUGCGACUCGCGAAUGGUAGUGGCACCACGCGAACUGUAAGAAUCUACUUCGCGGACGUCUCAGGAGCCGUCUGCUGCGCCACCCGUUUCACGUGCAACGGCGUGACCCGAGAAAACUAUACCUACGAGAACAUGGAGCCGCCGUCCCUAGUGACGUUCCGGGAUCUUCCGAAGCCGAAGGACGCGUCGGAGUUGGCGCGAGACGUCGGCGUCGAGUGCGGGGAAUUCGGAAGGGUAUUAGACGCGCGAUACGUCGACGACACGGUCGUGAUCAGCUUCUCCACGCCGUCAGGCGCCGCGGCGGCGUCCAUAGCGUUGGAUGGGGCGGCCUUUGACGGGUACCGGUGCGCGGCGUUUUUCGGUAAUAAAUCAGAAGAGCCGUGCUGUGUCCUGCGAGGGCCCCUAGAUGGUAUCGAUGAUGAUUUGUCCCAGAUGGAGGUCGUGGGAGAUGUCGAGGAGGCCUGCGCGAUGCUAGGUGAAGUGCGGAGCGUCUCUUCUAGAGAUGGAGCUAUCUUGAUCGCCUAUGAUGAAAAUAGGGGCGCGGCGGCCUGCGCGAGGACGAUGCACGGUCGCGUGUUCGACGGGCGGGAGGUGAGUGCGACGGCGGCGCUACGGGGCGGGUAUGAAGCGGAGGCCGAGCUUUGCGCCGCCGUAGUCAAUGCAUUGGAAGUGAAGCCUCCGGAACGGCCCAUCGAGAAGAAGAAGGAGCUCACGAAGGAGGACACGCUCAAGAAGGCCAUCCAGGCCCUGAGGAAGGCCGUGCUAGCGUCGCCGUCCGAUGUCCAACUCAGAAACAACCUAGCUGGUGCCCUUACACGUAUUGGAGGAGUGGGAGAACUAGAAGAGGCCUGUCGCCACGCGACCCACGCGACGCGCCUGAAACCGGACGACGCCUGGGGCCACUAUAGAUUGGGCGUGGCCCGCUUUCAGAAAGGUGCUGACUCAGUGUAGAUUUUGAACUCGAACUUGACGUGGUCGCGUCGAUGGCGUCCUCGCGAUGCUGCGUCGCCUCGACGCCGUCGACGCGGCCGCACGAGAGUCUACGCGUCUCGCGAGAGAGUCGCGGUCGUGUCGCGACGGUGUUACUCACAGGUGACGUGGCCAAGGCGCAAACGGCUCUCAGACUUGCAGCGUCACUCGCGCCCGACCGAGCUGAUUUCGCAGAAAUAGCCGCGAAGGCCGACGAAGCAGCAUUAGCGUUGCUCGACCCGAUGGACGCCUUCGCGGCCCAAGCAGAAGCGGAAGCGAAGAAGGCCCUCGUCGACUCCGAGGCCAAAGCGAAGCGGGAGAAGGAGACGCAGCGGUUCGGCAAAGGUAAAAGAAAGCUGGAAGACGAUAGUGAUGACGAGGGCGAGUUGUUGAAUGUGAACUCGCGGGCGCAUUGCUACAUCUGCAAGCAGUGGGGCCACUCCAAGAAGGACUGUCCGUUAGCGAGGUGUCAAUACUGCCAUGAAAUAGGUCACAGAAAAUCAGAUUGUCCCUUGUUUACGCAAGCCUUACAAAACGCGGCCGAGGAAGAAAAGAAGGCUCGGCGCAAGCAGGGCUACGAGAAGAAAAAAUUAAGGAGGAAGGAGGAGUGGACGAAGAUGCUGCGCGAGCAGACGGGCGUCGACGGCUUCGCGGCGCUCUACCGUGUCUUGGGGUUGCCUGAACGUAAAUUAGCGACUGCCUCGGAGAUAAAGAAGGCGUACCACAAGCGCUCAUUAGCGUAUCAUCCUGAUAAACAUCCGGACGAUCCGGAUGGUGCUAAAGAAAGGUUCCUGGAGAUCAAAGCUGCGUAUGAGUUAUUGUUAGAAGGCAUGGAAACGGGCGGGGCGGGCCUGGGCGGGGCCGUGUUCUCUGCCGGUGAAUUGACCGAUGCUGCCGCGGCGUCUGCCUUGCAAAAAAAGGUGAAGGCGCUGGAGAAGAAGGUGAAGGCGUCGGCGGCGUGGAGCGGGUAAGUAGUCUUAGUGUCGAAGCGCGGCGGUGCUUCGACGCGUAAGCCGAG